UCUGUCUGGAGUUUGCACUUGUUCAGGUUUUUGCUGUUUGCUUUGUGUGUCCUGUUUUGUCAGUCUGAGUGCACCUGUUCAUGACUGACUUUUGUAGGCAGCCUGUUAGUGUUUCUGCUGUGUGUUGGGCUGCUCUCCAGUACGCGGCUGGGAUUGGACGGCUGCUCGGCUGCCGGGGCCGCUUGAACACGGAGCUCCGCUCACCAUUGGUUAGACACGUGUUGGGGCGUUUCACUGGGACUGCCCGGUUGUGUCCGGGUAAGAUGGCGUUGGAAGAGCAGUGCUCGGCACCACCUCGAUGGCGGUCCAUAUCUCUGACACACGUAGAGUUCCCGGAGGAUGAUCUGACGGGACAAGUGCUGGCCUACAUCAGCCUUCUACCCAUAGCAAUCCUUGUGGGUUUUGUCACACUCAUAGUGUUUAAACGGGAGCUGCACACGAUUUCCUUCUUUGGUGGGCUCAUCCUGAAUGAAGGGGUAAACUGGCUGCUUAAGCACAUUCUCAGAGAGCCGCGCCCAUGUGCAGGAGCUCACACAACACUGCACACAGAGUAUGGGAUGCCCUCCAAUCAUUCCCAGCUUAUGUGGUUCUUUGUUGUUUACUUCUUUCUUUUCCUUUAUUUAAGAAUGCAUCAAACGAACAAUGCUCGAUGUGUGGACCUGCUGUGGAGACACAUACUGUCCAUCAUCCUGUUGGGCAUGGCCUUAUCAGUCUCAUACAGCAGGGUCUACCUGUUGUAUCACACCUGGAGUCAGGUUUUCUAUGGCGGAGUGGCCGGUAGUACGAUUGGCAUAAUCUGGUUCUUUUUCACACAAGAGGUGCUGACACCAUUAUUCCCCAAAAUAGCAGCGUGGCCAAUAUCAGAGUACUUCCUGGUGCGAGACACAAGCCUGAUCCCCAACAUCCUAUGGUUUGAGUAUACAGUGACCAGAUCAGAGGCAAGGAACAGACAACGAAAGCUUGGAACAAAACUUCAGUGAGCUACACAGUUCUUCUGUGAAACUGAGUUUAGGACCACACGCACACACACACAUGCUCACACACUCAUGUACACACACACAAACAAAUGCUCACUAGACAAAAACACACUGGAGAACCAUCUUUUGGACUGACGUGGUUGCAAGGAGAAAAGGGCAAAAACCGUUUACAGGUGGCGAAAGAGUGCCUGGACCUGGCCCGGAGCCUACAGCCUGAGCAAGUCCGUCCACACGCCUCUCCUUCUUGUACAGCUUGCCCAAAAUGCUCUUCAAUGCAUGCAAGACUGUGCAAGAGGCAUACUAUUUAAUGAUAGAUUAAUAUAUAUAUAUUUUAACUAUAAACGCACGCUGACAGUAACAGUGUACUGUAAGCCUAAAAAAAGGAGGCUUUGGUCAAGUUUCAAACAAAUUGGUGGGCGUCAUUGCAGCAUGUACUUAGUGAUUCCUUUUUUUAAAUAUUCGGAUGGAUAGCUGGUGGGAACGGGCGGGGAGGGGGGGUUGGUUACGGCUAGGUUUGGGGUAUGUGGAAUUAACCAUUUUUCAUUGUUAUAUAAUAGAAAAUGAACAAUUUCUAAAAUUGGUUAUGAUGUAAUAUAAAUAAAAAUUUGCACUUUGUGAAUUUACAAGUUAAAAAAAAGACAACUAACACUAGUUAAAUGUUAAGACCCUCCCCCUCUUUUCCCUCAUCAGUCUUUGCUUUGUGUCUAUGACUGUCAGUCCUAAUAUAUUAGACUCCAAAGCUGAUCUUCAAGCAGUGUAAAGUUAAUCUGUACUAUUGAACAUCGAGGUUGUGCUUUCUGUUCAUAUCCACGUUUGAGGAUUAUGGGACCGAAUCACAGCGGCAGGUUUCAGUUGUUUUUUGUUGUUGAACACACUUUGGACCGAGGUGGUGUUUUCUAAAUGCCUCACACACAGUAGCAGCCUGGGAACAGGAUUCUGGGAAUCAGUUUUUUUUAAUUCAUUUAGUUUCUUAUCUUGUUUUCUGCUGUUGCAGAGGACUGUUUUCUCUUUACCUGCAUUUCCAAGAUAACAUUCCAUAUCAUUUAGUGAGAAUAAAGACUGCUGAGGGGAGAUGUUUUCUUUUUGUAUUUUUUAUUUUAUUUUUUUGAAGAAAGGAGAAAAAAAGCCUCAGGUCAGUCGUAGCAUGUGAUUAUGCUUAAUUCCUCACAGCCCACGGCAGCUAAUGUUCACAGCUGUCAUGUGGGGAUCUAAAGCUGAUUUAAAACUGUCAUAUCAUUAGCUCCACAAAGGGAAGUAGUUCUCUUAGAAUUUGAUUUUUUUUUUCAUGUGUAACCUAUAUCAGGCUGAAUUAAAAUGUGUUUAUGUACAAAA